UCUGAACUGACAAUGGCAGGAUGCUGCAUAGGUGUGAUAAAACAAGCCGGCGAACUCCGCGCAGCUCUACCCUACAGAUAUACGUAUGCAGCAAGAGUCGAUUCAAAAAUCCUGCGUGCGAAAAGAAAGCCUGACAAAUUCAACCAAAAAGCCAAUCAUCUCCUCGGCAUGUUGCAAGCCAACGAGUUUUAGCUGCUCUAAUGCGUAAGUGUCUCUGAUCAUCCUCCCCAUCAUCAUCGGCGGCGGCGGCGUCGUCACUUGUAAAAGGUAGCCGCCGCCGCUUCACAGGGGAGCGUAUUAACGAGGCAGCGGCGAUCCCCGUGCAGUUGGCUGCGCCUUGCACAGUUGCGCCGCGUUGCCCAAACACUCAAGGAGGUGGGUCUGAAUGUGCAAACUGAUAACGGCGUUUCGGUAUUUUGUUUUUUUAUUUUUAUUGCGGGACAAUAACAUUUUUUUCGGUCUGCGACUGGCUGCUGAUGAUGUGAAGUCACAAAACAAUUCUCCGGUGGACCCAAGUGCAGAGUGCCGACUUUAUAAGGGAUUUUUUUUCUCUCCAGGCUACCCGGACUCUUACUGAGGAGUUCUUUUUUAUCCAUACAAGCUGAGGAAUGUUGCAGAUUUUAUUUUUCUUCCAUUUCGCAUGUACAACUGAAUGAGAGGUAUUUAUUAGAAGCACUGCCACUGGUGCCCCUAACCUCCCCCUUCCCCACCUCCACGUCCCCACGCCUCUCUAUCUUUGCUCGUGUAAGGAUCGCAGUCCGCCUUGUCAACCUCCGCUUGCCUUGUCCGGGACCUCUCGUUUGGUCAGAUCGCUGUUUAUUUCAAAGCAGUUGCUGAUUUUUUAGAUCCACACAGGACAAUCAGAAAUGCAUUCCUUGUCUACUACCGAUCCCGCUGUUUCCGAAACCCCCCUUCAGGUUUGAAUUGAGUGGUGAGGCAGCUAACACUGUUCUCCGCACUGACAUGAAUGUAUUUUAAAUAACUAACACCACAGUAUUGCUUCUUGGAGGUGCAUUCGAAGAACUGUUAUUAACUCCUUAUGCGCACAAAGAAGCAACUCUGCUUAGGACUGUACACUACCGGGCAAUGCCAUGAAGGAAGCAAGUGGUUGGAGAUAACGGAGAACCGUCUCUUCGAAGUCUGCGCCGCCCGACUCUUCUGUCCGUGUGGGUCGGGAUCGGGCUUCACUCUGGUGUGCCACAGCAGCAGAAAGAAUGAAGACUACCAGUUCCCAGUGGAGGCAUGAUAUAGUGGUGUGGUGCUGUUGCUGAAUCGCUCUCUCUGAUGGCUCUAUGGGAAUGGAUAACACUGAGCCUCCAUUGCUGGGUUUUAGCAGCUGCCGUGAUUUCAGAUCAACAAGCAAGCGGCCCCCUCGACUGGCUCCUUUCGGAUAAGGGGCCCUUCCACCACUCAUCCGAAUAUACAGAUUUUGUGGAGAAGAAUCGUCAAGGAUUCACCACUAGAUAUAAAAUUUACAGGGAAUUUGGCCGCUGGAAGGUAAAUAAUUUGGCUGUUGAAAGACGAGACUUUUUGGGAUCUCCUUUACCAUUUGCACCUGAAUUUAUCAGGAAUAUCAGGUUAUUGGGACGCAGACCGACCCUUCAGAUCAUCACUGAGAACCUCAUCAAGAAAUAUGGGACUCACUUUUUAAUGACGGCCACUUUGGGAGGAGAAGAGGCAUUAACUAUAUUUGUGGAUAAACGGAAGCUCAGCAAUAAAUUGGACUUGAAUGAUUACUCGGCCAACAGCUCCACAGUCACACUGGAGACUCUUCAUCAAUUAGCCGCCUCUUAUUUUAUUGACAGAGAAAGUACACUUCGCAAGUUGCAUCACAUACAGAUCUCAUCGACAGCAAUUAAGGUAACAGAAACACGAACUGGCCCUCUUGGAUGCAGUAACUAUGACAACCUGGAUUCUGUCAGUUCUGUUCUGGUUCAGAGUCCUGAAAACAAAGUUCAUUUGCAAGGUCUGCAGGUUAUCCUUCCUGAUUAUUUAAAAGAGAAAUUUGUCCAAGCUGCCCUCAGUUACAUUGCCUGCAACACAGAGGGAGGCUUCGUCUGUAAGAACAACGACUGUUGGUGUCACUGCGAUCCCAAAUUUCCAGAAUGCAACUGCCCAUAUACUGACAUCCAAGCAAUGGAAGAAAGCCUAAAUCGGAUUAAUGAAGCUUGGAUUAGCAUUUACAAGGAGUUUGAAGAUGCAGAUGAGUUCAAACUGUUUGUGAAGAGACUGCCACAGGACUACUUUCUCAACAUCUCCUCCAUCCAGUAUCUGUGGUCAAUGGAUUCUGCCUUUCAACGGCGUUAUGACCAGCUUGAAAACAGCAUGAAAACACUUUAUAGCAAGGCGCAAAGAGUGGUCUACAAGCUGUUUAUUCUGAGUAAAAGGUGUCACAAACAGCCCCGUAUUGUACUACCAAGAGAAAGGUCACAGACCUUCUGGUUAAAUUACAUUCAGUCGUUGCUUUACUGCUCUGAGAAUAACCAAGUGGGAGUUUUUUGUGAAGAAACACGGAGCUGCAUUUGCCCUUACGAUCACAUUUCCUGUCAAGUUUCAAUUCCUUGCACAAUAGGAGAAGGGCAAGCCUGUGCAUCUUGUGCUACUGACAACCUCACGCGGUGCGGAAACUGCAACUCAGGCUAUAUGUUGAGCCAGGGAACAUGCAAACCUGAGGUUGCAGAUUCUACAGAGAACUAUUUGGGGUUUGAGACUGAUUUGCAGGAUCUAGAAAUGAAAUACCUGUUGCAAAAAUCUGACCGAAGACUUGAAGUCCACGCCAUCUUCAUCAGCAAUGAUAUUCGCCUGAACAGCUGGUUUGAUCCUUCAUGGCGUAAGAGGAUGCUCCUCACUUUAAAAAGCAACAAAUAUAAAUCCAACCUUGUGCACAUGCUUUUGGGUCUCUCAAUUCAGAUUUGCCUUACAAAAAACAGUACUUUGGAGCCUGUUUUAGCUUUAUACAUCAAUCCUUUUGGAGGAAGUCACUCGGAAAGUUGGUUUAUGCCUAUAAAUGAGAACGGUUACCCCAAAUGGGAACGGACUAAGAUUGACCUGCCAUUGGAGUGUUACAACUGGACAUUAUCUCUCGGGAACAAAUGGAAAACCUUUUUUGAAACUAUUCACAUCUACCUGAGGAGUCGUAUCAAGGUGCCCAGUGCCAAUGGUAAUGACAGUAUUUAUUACGAGCCUUUGGAAUUUAGUGACCCAUCAAGGAACUUGGGAUACAUGAAAAUCAAUGGCAUUCAGGUGUUUGGUUAUAGCAUGCACUUUGACCCGGAAGCAAUUCGAGAUUUAAUUUUGCAACUGGAUUACCCCUACACUCAGGGAUCACAGGAUUCUGCUCUUUUACAACUACUAGAGAUAAGAGACCGUGUAAAUAGACUUUCUCCACCCGGCCAGCAACGCUUGGACCUUUUCUCCUGUCUGUUGCGGCACAGACUGAAGCUAACAACAAGUGAAGUGGUUCGAAUACAUUCAUCUUUGGAAACGUUUAAUGAAAAGUUACCAAACUCGAUGGAUUAUGAGACAACUAAAUUAUGUAGCUAACCAGACCAACUGAAGCACAAUGUAAAAAAUUAAGAUGAUGUCAAGUGUUACAAAAAAAUAUUUUGACUUGUAUGUGUAUGGUACAAAGGCUGUGUGGAAGAGAUUUGUUAAUGUUUGUGGAUAAGUAACACAAUAAUUAAACAACUGAUAAUGUCUAUAUAGUAUCACUUUACACAAAAACCAUAUAUAAUAUACAUAAGAUUAGCAUUUAACAACUCAGACCAAACUAAACUAAUGUUUACUUUUAAACAAAUGCAUUUUGUUUGUACUUUUUAUAUGUUCUGUUGCAAUAUUGGAUAUGUGCUUUCCGUGACAGGUAAGGCAUCAAGUGAUAUUAAUAACGUUUU